UAUCGGAAAUGGUUCAUUUGGCUUUGUUUAUCGUGGUAUAGAAAGUAAUACUGGUAAAUCGGUAGCAAUUAAAAAGAUGCCUAAAGUAAGCAUAAAAUCGGAUGAAUUAAAAGUAAUGGAAGCAGUAAAAAGUGAUUAUUUGGUUAGCCUCAUUGAUCAUUGUAUGAUAAGCGAGGAAGAUAAUAUGUAUAUUAUUAUGGAAUUAUGUGAUAUUGAUUUAGAUCAUCAUCUUAAAUAUCAUACUGUUAAUGGUACAUUAUCAUUACAUAAUUUAAGACGAUUAAUAGACAAUGUUAUUCGUGGAUACAAUGAACUUUAUCAAUGUUGCAUCGUACAUCGUGAUAUUAAACCACAAAAUAUCUUAAUCAAAUACAAGGAGCAAAAUUUAAUUGAAAUAGCAAAAAUUUCCGAUUUUGGAAUAUCACGAAUUCUUAAUGAUGACGGGCAAAAAUCAUUAUCAAAUGUUGCUGGUACAUUAUAUUAUAUGGCACCUGAAGUAGGUGCAAAUAUUUUACGAACAUAUGAGUAUGGUCAUGAAGUUGAUGUAUGGAGUCUUGGAUGUGUCUUUUAUCAAUGUAUCAUGGGAAAGGUUCCAUUUGAUGAACAAGAAUUAUGCCGAAUGUUUUUAUUCGUUGCUUGUGAUAACUAUGAUGCAUAUGAUAAACCAGAAUUAUCUUUUGAUAUUGAUCAAAAUAUUGCUAGGAUGAUUAAUUCGCAAUUAGAAAUUCAUAGUACUAAACGUACAACACCGCAUCAAUUGUAUAAUGAAAUAUGCAAAUGGGAUGAUGAUGAUAAUGAUACACGAUAUGAUAAUAAUUACUUAUAUGUGGAUGAUAAUUUAAGUUAUCAGAGUAAUUAUAGUAUCAUAGAAUUUGAUGUAAUUUAUUAG